CCAGCAGCCCCGGCCCGGUGCCGUCCCGGAAGCAGUGGGGAAGGCGGCACGGUCGCCAUGGGCCGGGCAGUGACCGUGGCCACCUGCGCCCUCAACCAGUGGGCUCUGGACUUCGAGGGCAACCUGGAAAGGAUAUUCAGAAGUAUCGACAUCGCCAAGAGCAAAGGAGCCCGGUACCGGCUUGGGCCAGAGCUCGAAAUCUGUGGUUAUGGCUGCUCAGAUCAUUAUUAUGAGUCAGACACACUCUUGCAUUCGUUUCAAGUUCUUGAAAAGCUCUUGGAGUCUCCAGCAACUCAAGAUAUUAUCUGUGAUGUGGGAAUGCCUGUUCUGCACAGAAAUGUUCGCUACAAUUGUCGAGUGAUCUUUUUAAAUAAGAGGAUUCUUCUGAUCAGACCAAAAAUGUCACUGGCAAAUACAGGAAACUACAGGGAACUUAGAUGGUUCACCCCAUGGAGCAAAGCAAGGCAUGUAGAGGAAUAUUUUCUACCCAGGAUAAUUCAGGAAGUGACUGGACAGGAAACUGUUCCUUUUGGGGAUGCAGUGCUAGCAACCAAAGAUACCUGCCUAGGAGCAGAAAUAUGUGAAGAACUCUGGGCACCAAACAGCCCUCACAUUGAGAUGGGACUUGAUGGCGUGGAAAUUUUCACCAACUCUUCCGGGAGUCACCAUGUGCUGCGGAAGGCUCGUGCUCGGGUGGAUCUGGUGAAUUCUGCCACAGCAAAGAAUGGUGGAAUAUAUAUUUUAGCAAACCAGAGAGGCUGUGAUGGUGAUCGUCUGUAUUAUGAUGGCUGUGCCAUGAUUUCUAUGAAUGGAGAAACAGUUGCACAAGGAUCCCAGUUUUCACUCGAUGAUGUGGAGGUGCUGGUUGCUACUCUGGACCUGGAGGAUGUUCGAAGUUAUAGAGCAGAGAUUUCAUCUCGUAACUUGGCGGCAAGUAAAGUGAAUCCUUAUCCCAGGGUAAAAGUGAACUUUGCUCUGUCAUGUCCUGAUGAUAUAGCUGUUCCUACUUGUAUGCCAAUCCAGUGGAGACACCACAGUCCUGAGGAGGAGAUCAGCCUUGGACCUGCAUGUUGGCUCUGGGAUUAUUUAAGGCGCAGCAAACAGGCAGGAUUUCUCCUACCUCUGAGUGGUGGAGUUGACAGCUCUGCUACAGCUUGCAUAGUGUAUUCCAUGUGUCACCAGGUUUGCCUGGCAGUCAAGAAUGGCAAUGCAGAUGUGCUGGCUGAUGCACGCAGGAUUGUGAAUGAUGAGACCUACAUUCCUGAGGAUCCUCCGGAAUUCUGCAACCGUGUCUUCACCACGUGCUACAUGGCUAGUGAGAACUCCUCUCAGGAUACCCGCAACAGGGCUAAACUGCUGGCUGAGCAAAUAGGCAGCUACCACAUCAACCUGAACAUUGAUGCGGCUGUGAAAGCUGUUGUGGGGAUCUUCAGUGUGGUGACAGGUCGAAUUCCCCAGUUUUCUGUCCAUGGAGGGAGCAGCAGAGAGAGCCUGGCACUCCAGAAUGUGCAGGCUAGAAUAAGAAUGGUCCUUGCCUAUCUGUUUGCUCAGCUGACACUGUGGGCUCGUGGGAUGCCAGGGGGACUGCUGGUGCUGGGAUCAGCCAAUGUGGAUGAAAGUCUCCGUGGCUACUUGACCAAGUAUGACUGCUCCAGUGCUGAUAUCAACCCUAUUGGUGGCAUCAGUAAGACUGAUUUGAAGAACUUCAUUCAAUACUGCAUUGAAAACUUCCAGCUCACAGCCCUCAGCAGUAUCAUGUCAGCUCCACCGACUGCGGAGUUGGAGCCCCUGGUGGAUGGACAAGUGGCUCAAACUGAUGAGGCAGAUAUGGGGAUGACAUAUGCAGAGCUCUCAAUCUAUGGGAAAUUAAGGAAAAUUGCAAAGGCUGGACCAUACAGUAUGUUCUGUAAGCUGAUUAAUAUGUGGAAGGAAAUUUGUACUCCAAGAGAGGUGGCAUCCAAGGUUAAGCAUUUCUUCAGGAUGUAUUCAGUCAACAGGCACAAAAUGACCACCCUCACUCCGUCCUACCAUGCUGAAAACUACAGUCCAGAUGACAACCGGUUUGACCUGAGGCCUUUCCUCUACAACACCUCAUGGUCCUGGCAGUUCAGGUGUAUAGACAAACAGUUCAGGACCUGUCUGCUUAAUUGCAGAAUUAAGACCUGACCUACAUCAGCGUGGGGAAAGCCAGUGUAAGAGGCAGCAAUUCACUGUGAGUGCUUCUCCAACCUGCUUCUGCAACAGCUCCUUUUUUGAAUCUUAAGUUAGUUGACUGACAAAUACAUGUUUGCUUGAACACAGCAUCAGUAAUCAUACCAUGCUCAGUUUGAGCACUGAGAUGAGGAGGGAUUCAGGCAAUAAUUGGAACCAUGCUUAACUUUUUAUAGUUUUUAGCCACCCCUUCAAACUUAUUUUAAUGCCUCUUUUAUGGCAGAAGUGCUGGGGUGAAGAAUUUUAACAUCUUGAAUUCUUUUCUGCCAGAGAUUUUUACACCCUAACUUAAAAGUUACUUUUAAGAAUAUAUGUUUAUGUUUUAUAAUACAUGUUUAUACAUGUAAUAAAAUAUUAAUUCCUUCAUCUGUGAAAUGCCAGACAUGUUGUAAUAGUAUUUUACUACCUUGAAACCUGGAAUAAAAGUUACCACGUGCUUUUAGUGCUUUUCAGUAUGUUAUUGUAAAGUAUAUAUGGUGGGGGAUUUUUACA